CUAUGCUAUGAGUAUGUGGCAAUCGAUUUUGAGAAUCUCCGAAGGGGCCUGAAGAAAUUAGCUCGCUCACUGCCGUGGAAUUACUACCAAGCGGCAAAGGCUGCUUUCGAAAAUGAAUAUGAAAACUUAGAAGCAUUUCAUAACGAAUAUACUCCGUUUCUGGAAGAGAAUGUCGUGGAGGUGUUGCGCUAUGCCAGUUGGAUCCAAAGUCAAAUUGAAUACGAGUACUACAGCUUUGGCGACUCCAUCAGACUCUUGUUAAAAAAUAUUCAGAAUACCGAGAUGUUUAUACGGGACAUGGGCAAGCACUACCUUGCCAAUAUUGGCAAAAAUCUGACCACUGUGAUUCAGCAACAGGUCAACAACUACAUCAAAAUGGUUGUCCAUGAGGCAAACACUAAGGUGGGACACUGCCAGCCACUCACCUACAUAUAUGACUACAGCCUGGACACGGUGUGCAGCGACCUGGUUGACCCCAUAAUCGGCUGCUGGCUGGGCAUAUUGGUGUCUGCCUUCCUUCUGAUAGGCGUACUCUGUAUCGGCCAUCGCCUGCAGUGCCUGUACAAGCAGAUCCAGACGAGGCCCAGGCCGUUCGUCGUGGGACCGACCAAGAGUCACAGCUGUCCGUACUGCAUUAGUCGAUCGGAGAGGCUGGCAGGCGGUGAUCCUGGUGGGUCUGGUGGGUCUGGUGGGGCUGCACAUUGUCCCUGCGGUCUUCAGGACGACUUUGCACGAGCGGCGAUUCUCGACGUGGAGCAGGCGAUUGAAGCAACGACGAAUCAUCCCAUGGAAUUGCCCCUGCCCUUGCCAAUCAGGGAUCCAGAGCCCAGUACAGACGGGAAGAAUAAGUUGGAUUAGCCAAUGGUAGAGAGUCGAAUAUUCGACUAUCCUGUUAUGGCCCCUGUUAUGUCAAAGCCCGUCAAGUCUGUGAGUAUUUAAAGCUUGUGAAAUUCAAUCGUCAAUCUUGAGUGGAGGAGAAGACGAAGCAGAACUGUUGCCGAGCGUUUAGGCACUGUCGCCUUCAGAUUCGAUGGGUUUCCGGCGGAUUAAUUACAUUUUUCGAUGACAUGCUGUGGCCGUUCAAAGGCAAAUAAUUAAUUGGCAAACACCAUGGCGGGGUCAACACUUUGUCAACGAAUCAAACCGAAAUUCUUGUCAUUUGUCAAAGGCAUGAUAAUCCCGGGCAGUAUUAAAAACU